AAAGCUUCCGGCACCCUGAAAAACAUGAUGUCACGUGAAAGCGACAGCAUUUGGAUUAACUUCCUUCACCUACCAAUGUUCUUCCUACUUCUUCGGAGUCUUCAAUGAUCCAAUUUUCCACAAUCUGUUCGUCACCUCUCUCGGUUUUGUUCUCUCUCACUCUGUGUUUCCAUAUGUUGUUUUAGAUAUAAACACACCAGAGGAACGAUCUCUGUUUUACUUCAAUUUAUCUUGUUUUCUGUGCCAUUUGGAUAUUGAUUAUGGCUAUGGCGCUUCCCUUUACCUCCAGUCAACUCUCAUGGAGAUCUCCCGACUGUUCCCAAUCUCUCCCUUUCCUCUUCUCUCGUUAUCGCCUCACUGGUCCGUAUUUGCUUAAAAGUUGCGUUGGGAGUGGAGCUCGGCGUUCAGCAAACCGUGAUUGUCGAGUUUUUUGCCAAUCUAAUGAGACAGAGACAUUGCAGUUAAGGAGAUAUUCUCCACUCCUCGAAAGUUCUUUCGUGCCAGGUAAUAGUGCAACAGUAUCUGAUGACUGGCAAGCAGUUCCUGAUAUUUGGAGGUCUUCAGCAGAGAGGUAUGGCGAUCGGGUAGCAUUAGUGGAUCCAUACCAUAAUCCUGCUUCAAAAAUGACUUAUAAGGAGUUAGAACAAAGUAUCUUGAAUUUCUCUGAAGGCCUUAGAGCCAUUGGAAUAAAGCCAGAUGAAAAGAUUGCACUCUUUGCUGAUAAUUCAUGUCGAUGGCUUGUUGCUGAUCAAGGUAUUAUGACAAUGGGAGCAAUUAAUGUUGUUAGAGGUUCAAGAUCAUCUAGUGAGGAGCUGUUGCAAAUAUACAAUCACUCUGAAAGUGUAGCAUUAGUUGUGGACAACCCUGAAUUGUUCAAUCGAAUUGUAGAAACAUUCCAUUUGAAGGCAUCCAUGAGAUGUGUCAUUCUUCUAUGGGGAGAAAAAUCUAGCCUGGCUCAUGAGGGAAUGGAUGGCAUUGCAGUUUUUGAUUACAAUGACAUCGUGGAUAUGGGACAAAAGUGUCGUAAAGUUAUGCUUGAUUCUCAUGAUGCUAAGCAGCAUUAUACAUAUGAAGCUAUCAGCUUGGAUGAUAUUGCUACACUUGUAUAUACAAGUGGCACAACUGGAAACCCUAAAGGUGUCAUGCUUACCCAUCGAAAUUUAUUGCACCAGAUAAAGAAUUUGUGGGAUGUAGUGCCUGCUAAAGUUGGGGAUAAAUUUCUAAGUAUGCUUCCACCUUGGCAUGCAUACGAACGGGCUUGUGAAUAUUUCAUAUUUACAUUUGGAGUGGAGCAAGCUUACACAACAAUAAGAAACUUAAAGGACGAUCUUCGUCAAUAUCAACCAGACUACUUGAUUUCUGUUCCAUUGGUGUACGAAACACUAUACAGUGGAAUUCAGAAGCAAAUAUCAGCAAGCUCAAAUGCACGUAAGCUUCUUGUGCUUGCAUUCAUGAAGGUCAGCUUAGUUUAUAUGAAGCUGAAGAGGAUCUACGAGGGAACCUAUCUAACAAGAAGCGAGGUUCAACCUUCUCAUAUUGUAUCUGCAUUGGACUGGUUAUUUGCAAGAACGGCUGCUGCAAUAUUGUGGCCAAUUCAUAUGCUGGCAAAAAAAUUAGUCUAUAGCAAAGUUCAAUCUGCAAUUGGCAUAUGGAAGGCAGGCAUAAGUGGAGGGGGCAGUUUACCUUCACAUGUUGAUCUUUUUUUUGAGGCAAUUGGCAUUACAGUGCAGAAUGGUUAUGGUUUAACAGAAUGUUCUCCUGUAAUUGCUGCUCGACGACCUACCUGCAAUGUUCUUGGUUCGGUUGGACAUCCAAUUCGGCAUACAGAGUUUAGGAUUGUAGAUAUGGAAACAGGAGAUGUUCUCCCACCUGGAUCAAGAGGCAUUGUUGAAGUUAAGGGACCUCAAGUGAUGAAAGGUUACUAUAAGAAUUCAUCUGCCACACAACAAGUCUUGCACGAAGAGGGUUGGUUUAGCACUGGGGAUAUCGGGUGGAUUGCUCCUCACCAUUCGAUAGGCCGGAGUCGUCGUUGUGGAGGUGUAAUUGUUCUUGAUGGGCGGGCAAAAGAUACUAUAGUUCUCUUAACAGGUGAAAAUGUUGAACCAACAGUGCUUGAGGAAGCUGCCAUGAGAAGUAGUCUCAUACAACAAAUUGUGGUUAUUGGCCAGGAUCAACGACGGCUAGGAGCGAUUAUAGUUCCGAAUGAGGAAGAAGUAUUAUCUGCAGCAAGGAAAUUGUCUGUUGCAGAUUCAAGUACAGCUGAUUUUAGCAAUCAAACAUUGAAAAAUCUGAUUUACAGUGAAGUGAGAAAAUGGACUUCAGAAUGUCCAUUUCAAAUUGGACCAAUCCUCAUUGUCAAUGAACCAUUCACAAUCGACAACGGUUUAAUGACCCCUACAAUGAAGGUUCGAAGAGACAAAGUUGCUGGUUAUUACAAGAACGAAAUUGAGAACCUUUUCAAGUAACUUGGGAGAUUUUAAGUUAAGUCAAAGUUAUGUUCAUUUUCAGGUAAACAAAGCAUAAUAAAUUUACAGGCAAUAAGUUCUAUUAGUCUCUGGCUUGGACAAAAGCUUUGAGAUUAUCCUGUUUAUGAAACUCUUACCAUUUUAACUCUUACAUAAAUCAUUGGAUUUCCUUUCUAA